AGUUUGUGGCUUCCGACAGGCUGACCGCUCGAAGACUCACGAUUCCACAACGAGGAGACCGCGAAGAAAAGGGGUUCCCUUUGUGCAGAUCCCUACCCGUGCUUCGUUAGGGUUGGGAUUUUUGCUGCUUCUCGUUGUCAAUGGCGGAAGGCUGCGGGGUGAAUGCAGCGGUUGCGUAGCUGGAGCAACAGCGGACAGCGGCGGAGGUGGGGAAGGGUAAAAAAGUGUUCCUUUUUCCCUUUCCCUCCGUUUUUUCUGUCUUGUUCUUUGUUGUGGUCGGCGAUUAAGAGUAGUGAGGAGGCGAUCCGUCGAAGAGAUGAGCGCGUCGAAGUUCAUAAAGUGCGUCACGGUUGGCGACGGCGCCGUAGGAAAGACCUGCAUGCUUAUAUCCUACACCAGCAACACUUUUCCAACGGACUAUGUUCCAACAGUGUUUGACAAUUUCAGCGCUAACGUCGUUGUGGACGGAAGCACAGUUAACUUAGGGUUGUGGGAUACUGCAGGGCAGGAGGAUUACAACAGAUUGAGACCUUUGAGCUACCGAGGCUCAGAUGUCUUUUUGCUUGCAUUUUCUCUCAUUAGUAAAGCUAGCUAUGAGAACGUUGCUAAAAAGGUUAGUAAUGAAUUUAUUCAUUUUAUAAUUUCUCGACCUUUAAACUCAACAAAAUUUUCUGAUUUACAUUUUCCUCCUUCUGAUUUGGAUUUUCAGUGGAUACCUGAACUGAGGCACUAUGCACCUGGUGUGCCCAUAAUUCUUGUUGGAACAAAACUUGAUCUUCGAGAUGAUAAACAGUUCUUCAUUGAUCAUCCUGGUGCCUUUCCUAUUAGUACUGCUCAGGGGGAGGAACUGCUGAAGCAAAUAGGGGCCGCUGCGUACAUUGAAUGUAGUUCGAAGACCCAACAAAACGUCAAGGCAGUAUUCGAUCAAGCCAUCAAGGUUGUACUUCAACCACCAAAGAAAAACAAGAAGAAGAGAAAGCAGCAAAGACAUUGCUCCAUUUUGUGAUAAACCGAGUGUGCAGAAAACAUCCAAGAGUUGUUCCACCGAAACUCCGAAUAUUUCCAGUUGUAAUACGGUUGCUAUCUCGGAUUAACAGGAUAUUUGGUUUUCACUAGGAUUUCAAAUGAUCUGUAACGACCUGCCAAGCUUUUUAUGACUUUAGAUGACCAAUUCAUGUCGAUGUCUGAGGAACCUAUUUUCGUUGGAUUGUCGUAUAAGUUUGAUUGCUCAUUGUAAAUUUA